GACGACAAUCGACGCGGGAUAGAUGGCGACACUUGCUUUUGCGGUCGCAAAUUCAACCGGAUGUGGCCUAUUGGCGGGCGUUUGAAAUAGGAAAAACCAACAUAAUUUUUCGAAAUGAUCUAAUCUCAUGCUUAGGACCUCCAUAAUUGUUUCAUUAGCAAAGUCGUCAAAGGAGAUGAGUCAUUUUUGCAUAUGGACUGGUAUUCGACGAAUAUCUCCAGAUUUAGACAAAUUCGGAGAUAUUGCCCGAAAUUCAACUCGACAGACCGCUUCAUUAUUUUACUAUUCCAGGCACAUGGUCCAAGGUCAUGAGAGAGCUGUAACCUUAUCCAUUUUUGUUGCCGCUAAAUUCACGAGACAAUGGCGGAGCCAAUCAGACAACACGUCAAUUUGAUACAGUCUGAUGAAAAUUACGGAUUGUACCUUGAAAUCCCUGUGAACGUAGAGUAAUUGUGCGAUUGUUGUCUUAACAAUGACAAACCGUUUAUUUUUGGAAUGACGAAUAUAAUCAGAUGAUAUUUUCCGAAUUGGGAACAUUCCAAUGCUAAUGGAUAAUUAGAUUAAUUAUAUGGAAUUGUACAAUUGAUCGUGCAUCAAGAGCAGGUUCCGGAGCAUCCGACCUACUCAGUAGAUCAUUUUUAAACAUAAUAAUACCGUUGAGAUUCAGUUUAACAUUUGGAUUGUCAAAUGUGCAUGGGCGAUAGUCGUGUUAUGAGUGAAUAUGGAGGGUGGUAAUUUGGAAAACGCCAAGAAGGCUGCGAGAAAGGCUGUGGAUUUUGACGACUCGGGUCAGCACAAAAAAGCACUUUGUUAUUAUGAUGUUGCUGCCCGGUUGCUCGAGAAGAUAUCACCGAGGAGCUCUCCUGCAGGAUUCUCGGUUAGGACGAAGGUCGAGGAGUAUAGAGAACGAAUUUCUUUUUUACAAUCCUCCAUUAAGGAGGACGAAGGGAGCAAGAGUCCAACUGUCGACACCAAUUUACAAAGAGUGAAAUUCCUAAUCAAUGAGGCCCUUGAUGCCGAUAACGAAGGCUGGAAGGAUGUUGCUGUCCUUUUAUACGCAGAUGCAGCGCAGCUUGCAUUGCAUACGAAAAAAAUGACACCAUCCUCCGACAAGCAGCAGCAACUCACGAACCUGAGUAUUCGCGCAAUUAGCCGUGCGGAAGCCCUCGAGGGUAUAACCACCCCAUCCCAACUAGAGCUCCUCUCCAACCUCCCUCCAGUCCCCGACACAAUUCUCGAGUCUCCCAACGACUCUCCCGAGGAAAGCCACCACCAGGCGGGUUCCUCUCCCCUGACCAGCGUCCCAACCCCUCCAAAACCGCCACAAAGUCGUCCUCACCCCCCUCGCCGAGGUCUCCAUCGUGGAAGCAGCGCACAUCUUCAAGUGACCGGUGGUAGUGACAGCUACACCGAAGAAGAAAAGAGAACCCUCUUAACAACCUCUCACAUAAACGAUAACGAGUUCGUUCCCUUCAUGACCGUCGACUUAUCCGAGCGAUUUACCUCGCCAACCCUCUUCUCGGACAAAGACGGUGUUCUUGAAUUAGCGCCAAAGCAAAAGAUAGAUUUUGCCGGUUGGGCACGUCCCAGUCAGCUCUUCGAUAACCCAAAAUUGGUUUUGGGAACUCACGUGGACUACUACAGUAUUAAACAAACAGUUGUCUCUGACUGUUCUUUCGUAGCAUCCUUAGCAGUGAGUGCACAGUACGAGAAGCGUUUCGGCCAGCGCCUGAUAACGUCAAUCCUCUUCCCGCAAAAUCGAACGUCAAGAGAACCAGUUUACAAUCCGUCUGGGAAGUACAUGGUGAAGCUGCACAUAAAUGGGAUUCCCCGAAAGGUCAUCAUAGACGAUCUCCUCCCAGUCGGCAGGGACAAUCAGCUAUUGUGCUCGUACUCCAGUAAUCGUGGAGAACUCUGGAUAUCCUUGCUGGAAAAAGCCUACAUGAAGGUCAUGGGGGGUUACGACUUCCCCGGCUCCAACAGCAACAUUGACCUUCACGCUUUGACAGGAUGGAUCCCAGAGCGAUGGGCAAUCAGGCCAAAUGAUCCAGAUUUCAAUAAGGACAGGGUCUUCACUACUCUGUUAACAAGGAUCCACAAAGGUGAGGUACUCGUGACAGUUGCCACUGGUGAACUCUCGGAUUCCGUAGCCGAUCGUACGGGACUGGUUCCCACUCAUGCCUAUGCAGUCCUCGAUAUAAGACUCAUUAACAAUAACAAGUUGUUGCUGCUGAAAAAUCCCUGGUCUCAUCUACGAUGGCGGGGGAACUAUUCUGAACAUGAUGUCAAGCACUGGACACCUGAGCUCAAGAAACUUCUUAAUUAUGAUCCGGAUUCUGCGUCGCAGUACGAUAACGGAAUUUUUUGGAUCGAUUACGAGAGCAUUUGCCACUUCUUUGAUGUUCUCUAUUUAAAUUGGAAUCCAGGUCUGUUCAAGUACACGUACUGCAUACAUCAGAUGUGGAAUGCUGGUACAGGACCGAUCAAAGAUGCUUAUAAUAUUGGAGAUAAUCCACAGUUCUCGUUGGAGGUACCGUCCGGAGUAUCUGGGGACAUUUGGAUUCUUCUGACCCGACACAUCACCGAUAUUGCGGACUUCAGGCAGAACCAGGAGUACAUCACUGUUCUGGUGUAUAAGAAUAAUGGAAAAAGGGUGUAUUACCCUCACGAUCCACCGCCCUAUAUCGAUGGGGUGAGAAUCAAUAGUCCCCAUUAUCUUUCGAAAAUCGAACUCGAGCCGGGUUCUGAGUCCAGGUACACUCUGGUGAUCUCUCAAUACGAAAAGAUGAAUACCAUUUAUUAUACUCUUAGGGCAUAUGGAACGUGUCAGUUCACCCUGAAGAAAAUUGCUGAGCCUUAUAAAUUUGAGAAAACUAUUACUGAUGGGCAGUGGAAGGGGGAGACUGCUGGGGGAUGCGCCAAUCAUCCAGCGACUUAUGGGAAAAACCCGACAUAUCAACUAGUGCUGGAGAGCUCCAAUAACAAUAAUCAUCUGUUGGUGAUUUUAAAGGGACCGAAACAGUAUCAGAUUGGAUUUGAAAUCACAGCUGUUGCGUUGGGUGAUUCUCAGGCACCAACGGCUUUUCAGAAUAAAACUUCUGGGCCUUUUAGGUCUGGAUUUGUGUAUUUGGAAAUUUCGGAGGUGGUGGCGGGGACUUAUCAUAUUGUACCGGCGACCUUCAUGCCGUUUCAGGAGGGACCGUUUUUCCUUACGUGUAAAGCGUCUUGUGGUUUACAACUCACGAGGAUUCAGUGAAGAGAGGAUGUUGAAGGGGUGGGUCUAGAGGAAUUGUUAAAGUUUUAUUUGAGGGGUUGAACGAUUGUAUCGAUAAAUUAUUCAGUAGCAGGGAGGGAAAGUGGGGAUGGAGUGUUAUUUAUGGUUUAUCCAUUUUUAUUUGCACAUGCAAAGGGUUUUGGGGGAGAAUCGCACUAACCAUAGGGACUGCUUAGUACAAUUCCACCGAUUUUUCGUUGAUUUUGUGAUUAAAAUAUUUUAUUAUUCAAUUAUGUUAUCAAUCUUCCAUCAAAAAAAGAUUGAAUCAUGUCAUCGCAGAUUUAUAAAAAUUUUUCUGACGGUAUCAUAUCGUUAUUUAUAUUCUGAUCUCUACAAUGUCAAUAAUCAAGUGAUUGCAAAAUUCGUGAAAAUUUCGGGCCAAAUGGAACCCAAUUGAAAACUCUGGUCUUCGACCACGAAAUAGAUAAGAAUUUUACCGGGGAAAAAAUUGACAAAGUAGUUGAACAUUCUUAAGGGAUGUUCUAUAACUCAUUAAAAAGUUUCCCCUUCUCAAACAAAGAACUGUCUGUGCGCUGAAAUCUCCUUGAGCCUUUUAACGUCACUGCUACUGUGGUUAGUACUAAUUAUGGCUGUGCUUGACACUUGGUACUUACAAUUGUCAAUUGUCGCUUGCUCUUAUCUGCAAAAUCGCAUAAAAUUAUCAGAUUUCACCCGAUCAGUCUUGACGGAUAGACGUUGGAAAAUGGUUGACAUCUUCCCAUGGGAAAUUUAGCCUUUGGGUCGAAGGUCAUGCGGUGCUAAAUUUCAAAGGUGCAUCGACCCUCCAGUUAAUGAAUUUCUAAAUUUUUCGACAUCAAUUUGGUGCACGCUUUUUUACGAUAAAGUUUUCAAGUCAAUGUUGGCUUUAAUUCUCGUUCAAGGGAACAAGACUGCACGGAAACUGGCGCCUUUCAUUCACGCUAGCAAUUUCUCUGAAUGUUUACAAAAUAUGAAAAAUAUGAAAACAUAGAGCUUUUGUAACAGGUUGUAUAAUAUUUAUUCCGUAAAAAUAAUUUAAACUAUUCUUAAGAAAAGCAUCUACGUACGCUUGACUAAUACAUUAAAGGUUGAUAACUAAUUAAAAUUUUUAUUUUUCAUCGCAAUCUAAUGAGUAAGAAAAUAAUUGAAUAUUGUAAAUUUCUGGAUUUUUACCGAGAAAUUUUCGCUCAGGGGCUGCGCAAUGUAAUUUUAUACGAAAAUUAAUAAAAUGUAUAUAAACGGAAUACAAUGGAAAA